AUGGAUUUCCCCCAGCACAGCCAGCAGGUCCUGGAGCAGCUGAACCAGCAGCGGCAGCUGGGUCUGCUGUGCGACUGCACCUUCGUGGUGGACGGCAUCGACUUCAAGGCCCACAAAGCCGUGCUGGCGGCCUGCAGCGAGUACUUCAGGAUGCUUUUCGUCGACCAGAAGGACGUGGUGCACCUCAACAUCAGCAAUGCAGCAGGCUUGGGCCAGGUGCUGGAGUUCAUGUACACAGCUAAGCUGAGCCUGAGCCCCGACAACGUGGAGGACGUGCUGGCCGUGGCGGGUUUCCUCCAGAUGCAGGAGAUCGUCAGCGCUUGCAACGCUCUCAAAUCCCUCGCAGCGCCUGGAGAAGGCCCCGCUGAGAGCCAGCAGCCCCCCGCUGACACCGGGGCAGACAAGGCAACUGCCGAGGAGAAGAGUUCGACUGCAGAGGCUCUGGGUGAUCUUGACAACAUAAAACCAGUUCCUCCCAAGCCGGAGGGGAAGGAAGAGGCGCCUGUGGCCGCAGCAGCACAGCCCGAGGCGCAGACAGAGGAGCUGGGUGGCCAAGAAGGGGUGGAUGUUGCCAUCCAGGAGGGCCCCAGUGCCGAAUUUCCCAGCCACGCGCAGCCGACGGAGAGCGUGGUCAGCAGCAGCAGCCCCGCAGCAAAGGGUGACGUCUCUCCAGGCGCCGAAACGGGAGAGACGGAGCUGGAAGGGAAGGAGGAAGAGGGGGAGAUGACGGCAGAGGAUGAAGAGAAGCCUAAAAUCCCCGAGGAGGAGCAGCCCCGCUUGGAAAACGGCGAAAACGCCGAGGAUAACGAAUCGGGAAGCACUGACUCCGGGCAGGAGAACGCGGGUGAGACCCGUCUGCUGCGCUCGGGUACCUACAGCGACCGGACCGAGUCCAAGGCCUACGGCUCCGUCACGCACAAGUGCGAGGACUGUGGGAAGGAGUUCACCCACACCGGCAACUUCAAGCGGCACAUCCGCAUCCACACCGGCGAGAAGCCCUUCUCCUGCAGGGAGUGCAACAAAGCCUUCUCCGACCCGGCGGCGUGCAAAGCCCACGAGAAGACACACAGGUAUGGCAGCGCCCGGGGGGUGGAGGAAGGAUCGCGAGGAUGAGGAGGGUGUAAAGGUGUGAGCAGGAGGCUGCUCUGCCUCUCACACUGGUCCGGAGGGAUUGGAGACUCCCAGCAGCGCUGCGACGACUGCGGCAAGCUCUUCACCACCUCCGGCAACCUCAAACGGCACCAGCUGGUCCACAGCGGGGAGAAACCGUACCAGUGCGACUACUGUGGGCGCUCCUUCUCCGACCCCACCUCCAAAAUGCGGCACUUGGAGACCCACGACACCAACAAGGAGCAUAAAUGUCCCCACUGUGACAAGAAGUUCAACCAGGUGGGGAAUUUGAAGGCUCACCUGAAGAUUCACAUCGCGGACGGGCCCCUCAAGUGUCGGGAGUGCGGCAAACAGUUCACCACUUCAGGGAACCUGAAGCGGCACCUCCGGAUCCACAGCGGGGAGAAGCCGUACGUCUGCGUCCACUGCCAGCGCCAGUUCGCCGACCCCGGGGCGCUCCAGCGCCACGUCCGCAUCCACACCGGAGAGAAGCCGUGCCAGUGCUUGAUCUGCGGCAAAGCCUUCACGCAGGCGAGCUCCCUCAUCGCCCACGUCCGGCAGCACACGGGGGAGAAGCCCUACGUCUGCGAACGCUGCGGCAAGAGGUUCGUGCAGUCGAGCCAACUGGCCAACCACAUCCGCCACCACGACAACAUCCGCCCCCACAAGUGCACCGUCUGCAACAAAGCCUUCGUCAACGUGGGCGACCUCUCCAAACACAUCAUCAUCCACACUGGGGAGAAGCCGUUCCUGUGCGACAAGUGCGGCCGCGGCUUCAACCGCGUGGACAACUUGCGCUCGCACGUCAAGACCGUGCACCAGGGCAAGGCAGGCAUCAAGAUCCUGGAGCCAGAGGAGGGCGACGAGGUCAACAUCGUCACGGUGGCUUCUGACGACAUGGUGACACUGGCCACCGAGGCGCUGGCGGCCACCGCUGUCACACAGCUCACGGUGGUCCCUGUG